AUGAGCUAGGUGCAUUCAAUACCAGAGCCUACACUGCAUUAUCUUGCUUCACCAGAUUUCAUCAUUCAGGAUGGCAACCGAGAAGGUGGAAACCGUCCCCGAAACUGCUCCACCAGCCCCGGCUGCAGACAAAGCUAAGAAGGGAGUCAUCAGCAAAGCAACGCCGGUGGUCGCGGGUGCAGCAUCUGCUGCUAAAAAGAAGAAGAAGAAGAAUAAGGGCGGUAAGAAGGGACAGCCGGGCAAAUACAGCCAGUUGGUCAUCGAUGCAAUCCGCACACUGGGCGAGAAAAACGGCUCAUCCUUAUUCAAGAUUUACAAGGAAGCCAAGAAAGUCAGUUGGUUCGACCAGCAAAAUGGAAGGAUGUACUUGCGGUACUCCAUUCGGGCACUGCUGCUGAACGACACCCUUAUCCAGGUGAAGGGCUCUGGCGCCAACGGCUCAUUCAAACUCAACAAAAAGAAAUUUGAAAAGGCAGCUGCCAAGAAGAAGAGCCCAGCUAAACCAGCCAAAGCAGCUAAACCAGCCAAGGCAGCAAAGCCCGCAAAGAAACCAAGCAGCAAGACGGCGAAGUCCAGCGCGAAAGCGAGCCCCAAAAAGAAAGUCGCCAAGAAACCAGCGGCCAGCAAAAAGCCCGCAGCGGUCAAGACUGCACCUAAGGCGAAGAAGGCAGCAGUGAAGAAGGCAGCAGUGAAGAAAGCACCGGCUGCAAAAAAGACGACAAAGAAGACAAAGAAGUAAAUCGAGAGCUUGAUGUUGUCGAUGAGAAAGACGAACUGUAACAAAAUGGAGCGAACUGGUUCAUUAUUUUUAUAUUUUUGUAUAAAACUCUUUGUUCAUUCAAGGCGCGUGUGAAGGCUAGGCAGCGCUCAUCGCAUUCAUUGAAGUCUUUUGUGUUACCCUACGAACCGUCGUAUAGUUGCGGCAAUUUAGGUCCCGUUUACCAAGCUAUGGACGGAGUUAUUGACCAUGACCUUGUUCUCAGACUUGCUAAAAUCAUUCUGUGUUUAUUCCAGACCAGUGUCAACUAGCCCUGCAGUUUACAUUCCUUUGUAUUUCUUUUGUUGAAGUGGGCGUGGCACAUGAAAUGUUAAACGACAUAGCUUUCAUUUUAUACACAGGUGAAAUGUUAUUGUUUGUCAUCUAUCACAAAUACAAACUUGUUGAAUAUGUUUACCUGAAUGCAUAAACCUGAUCUGAAACAAAUACCAUGGCCAUGUCUUGUAAAUAAAGUAUUGAUUAACUGCCUAAGAA